AAUUACACAAAAGGUGCAGAUAGAGCAUCCAUGACUGCUAAGGCUUCAAGCCAAGUAGCAAGUACUUUCCUUGGUGGGUUAGUUCAAACGCUUUUACCGCCUCAAGUCUCUCUAAAAUUCCCUUCCAGUACUGCUCCUUUAAUCUAAUUCAACUGCUGACGCUUCCAGGAAGGUGCUGGACUGCUAGGGGCCACCGCACCGACACUAUACUUUACUAUCAUCUUUCACUAUCUGCUCAGACGGCACGCGUUUGUGCACAAAAAGCCUUAAAAAAAGCAAACCAUAGCUCAUCCGCAGCAUUGCAAGCGGCUACCGGACUGUAAUACAGUGGACAAAAUUUCUCAGGAGUCAUUGCUUGGUUUCAAGAAUGGGUGAUGCAAAAUUAGGCCAAUGGCUAAAUCUUCUCGUUUGUGUUCUGAUACUGUUGAAAGCAGAAGGUGGUAGCGUUGGAAUUACUUAUCUAGAAAGCGCCGUCGCAAAAGGAGCUGUUUGCUUGGAUGGAAGCGCGCCGGCUUACCAUUUUGAUAAGGGGUCUGGUUCUGGGGCUAAUAACUGGGUGGUUCACAUGGAGGGAGGAGGAUGGUGCAAUAAUGUGGAGACUUGUUUGGAUCGUAAGACAACUGAUUUAGGCUCGUCAAAGAAAAUGGACAAGUCAUUCGGUUUCUCUGGUAUUCUUGGCAGCAAGCAAAGUUCUAAUCCAGACUUCUUCAAUUGGAAUAGAAUUAAGGUCAGGUACUGUGAUGGAUCAUCUUUUACCGGUGAUGCAUUUGAUCCAGCUAACAAACUUUACUUCAGAGGUGCAAGAGUAUGGCAGGCAAUCAUGGAUGAUCUAAUGGCAAAAGGGAUGAGGAAUGCUCAAAAUGCUAUUCUCUCUGGCUGUUCUGCUGGUGGAUUGGCUUCCAUUCUGAAUUGCGACAGAUUUCGAUCUCUCUUCCCUGCAACUACAAAAGUUAAAUGCAUUGCAGAUGCUGGAUUUUUUCUCAAUGCAAAGGAUGUUUCUGGAGGCUCACAUAUUGGAACCUUUUAUAGUCAAGUUGUUGCAACUCAUGGAUCAGCAAAGAAUUUGCCAGCAUCCUGCACUUCAAGAAUGAGACCAGAAUUGUGUUUCUUCCCUCAGAAUGUAGUACCAUUCAUGCAAACCCCAAUCUUUUUCAUAAAUUCAGGUUAUGACUCCUGGCAGAUUAAGAACAUCUUGGCACCAAGUGCUGCUGAUUCUAAAAAGGAAUGGAAAAACUGCAAGCUUGAUUUCAAAAAAUGCUCAGCUCCUCAGCUCAAGAUAAUUCAAGAUUACAGGACACUAUUUGUCAGUACAAUUACCAAAGCAGCUGGGAGCUCUCCAGCAAGAGGCAUGUGGAUAGACUCUUGUUAUGCUCACUGUCAAUCAGGGAGGCAAGUGACAUGGUCAAGUGACAGUUCUACACUAGUUGCUAAAACAAAAAUUGCAAGCGCUGUUGGGGACUGGUUUCAUGAGAGGGGUGUGGUGCGGAAGAUAGACUGCCCUUAUCCUUGCAACCCUACUUGCCAAAGCUCUGAUUCUGAAUCAAACCUUCCACAGGAUAUAAAUGCUUAGCAGCCCCAAAAAAUGGCAUUAUUAUAACUUAAAAGGAACAAAAGAAUGGUAUUAUGUAAUUUUUAAGUGUGUGAUUUCAUCUAUGAUCCUUAUUUAUUUAUUGAAAGAAUAAAAAUGAAACAAUUGAUGUAUUUUGUAUGAGCAAAAUCAUCAUAGGGUAGUAUCUAGGCCCAGGCCUUAUGUAUUUGAUAACAGCUGAACUUGUAAAAUUAAUUAAUUAACUAAUUUAUA